CAGAUACACUUAGCAGCUAGAAAUUGCAAUGAUAAUGACUUAUAUUUUUACCUGUAUCUUGUUUGUGCUGAUGUGUGGUACAAGUCGUGCUUCAUUAACAGCGACAUUGACCACAGGUUAUCAUUCAUAUCCGGCAAAUGGUGUUAUCAAAUACAGCAAAUUUCUUUGUAAUGAUCCUUGUUACAAUAACGCAACUGGCAUUUAUACUGUUUGUCCAGGAAUGGCGGGUUGUUACUUGGUGUCUGUUACCAUGAUGUCAGGUCAGGUAAUGGCUCACACUACUUUGAGGAAGAAUGGAGGUAUUUAUGUAUGGCUAUUUACUGGUAACAGCUGGGAUAUGGCAACCCAAACCGUCUGCAUGAAACUGGAAGUAGCAGACCAGAUUUGGAUACAAAUGCAGAACUCAGCAUCGUAUCUCUUUGAUGUUUAUAACACUUUCAAUGUAGUUAAGAUACCUACGUUCCCAUCAACAGCGCCAGGUACAGUGGCCUGAUGGGCAAAUUAUGUGAAAAUGAU